AUGUUGCAUCGCCCAGUGACACAACAGUUCAAAUGGUUUCACUUUAAUUCGUCUUUGAUAAAAGUCUUAAGUUUGAGGUACUUUUCUGAAGAUUUCAAUUCUCUAAAGUUUCAUCCACCACGACAACGUAUUCCAUCAACGCCAACUAUACAAAGUGAACUGGUUAGAACUCCUUCGGAAUAUAUAAAAGGUUCUCGCGUGAUACAAGUUGCGAUUCUCGGCGUACCGAACGCCGGGAAAAGUACGCUGGUCAAUCAGCUUUCUGGAUGGAACACAUGCUCGGUUUCAAAAAAAGUCCAUACUACUAGAAAGACAUCAAAAACUGUCCUAAUCAAAGAUGAAACCCAAAUUGUUUUCCUUGACACUCCAGGACUGGUUGCACCCAGCGAAGCCAAACAACAUAAUCUUGAAACAUCGUUUUUGAUUGAUCCUGAAAGAGCAUUAGCCCAAGCAAAUCUACUUCUAGUCUUACAUGAUGUCAGUAACAAGUGGACACGAGGAAGUUUGAGCCCUAAAAUUCUCAGACUUUUGCAUCUUUAUCCUGACAAGGAGUCAAUUCUAGUUCUGAACAAAAUAGAUUGUUUAAAGGAAAAGCGCCUCCUCCUCGCCCUAACCAACAAAUUGUCAGAGGGAAUAAUUGGGGGUAAAUCAGUUGCCUCAAAUGUGGAUUCUAUGCAGGAGAGGGUGAGCAAACAAACCAUAGACAAUUCUCUCAGAACUCAAAGCAGUUCAGAAUUAAAAGAAAAGGAACUUGGCCAAUUUCAACAAAUUUCUGAAAGAGAGGUGAUGAAGAAGAUAGAAGGAAAAGUUGGUUGGCCCUACUUCUCCAACGUAUUUAUGAUAUCCGCUAUUGAUGGCGACGGAGUAUUAGACAUUGCAGAACACUUGUAUCAGGCUGCUCAACCUGGUCGUUGGAUCUACAAUUCUUCCGUUGUUACUGAUCAAAACCCCCACGAAAUGGUAAUAGCUUGUUUAAGAGGGAAGCUAUUAGAUAUGUUAGAAAAAGAGUUACCCUAUUCAGUGAAAAUCUCAGUUCGAUUUUGGGAAGUCGAUGUUUCAGGUACCUUGAACAUCGUAUUAGCGUUGGAUUGUCGAAAACGAUUUACUGCUCGAGUGGUCGUCGGCACUGGUGGUCGCAAUGUAAUCCAGCUGGCUAGAGAAACCGAACAAGAUUUGCGAAACAUGUUUCGUCAAGAAGUUAAACUUAGACUAGUCGUAGAACCUGAUGUAUGAAAAUGUAAUAAAUUGUUCUUGGUCGUGUACAA